CGUCUCAUCACCAUCAGUUAAAAUGUAACUGUCAUUAUUGUCAGUAGUAGAGUUUAAAAAAUAUUUGAAGCGGUAAAAAGCUACCAAAAUGGAUCCACGCGAAUAGUUAGUGUUGUUUAGGUAAUGUAGUUUAUAUGCUAUUUUCGAAAUGAGUGAUAAAAAUGAUGAUUCUAUCAAUAAUAAAAAAUCUACACCCCCAACGAGUGGCAAGGUUCGGAAUCCCUUUGAUAAAGUUUUAAUUGAAAGCUUACACAAACCAAUAUGCAGUCCCGGUAUGUGUAAAAUGUAUAAAGCGUCUAGCAAUGGAUCAUUCAAAUGGGAUAUAGACCAAGCAUGUACUUUGGUACCCGCCGACAUUGUGGCUUGCAAUAGUCAGUUUGAACCAUCGCCUGAUCCCGUAUUAGAAAAGAUCGCAGAGGAAGCAAACGAAAAAUUUUUCUCACAAGAGAUGGUGAUGCCUAGUCCAUUGGAAAUUUCAAAAAAGAUCAAACCUCUGCAAACAUCUGCUGAUAGUAGUAAUCUUAUCAUUACUAGCUUUGUUAGCGAAAAAACAACUAUUGUUAGAGAAGUUGCCGCUCAAACUAUGCUUACCCUGCCUCCAAAUCUUCCUCCUGAGAUAGAAAACAUCUUAAAACCAUUCUGCACUUACACACAGGAACAGGAUAUAUAUGGUGAAUAUGAAAUCACAGCAAAUGGUUCAUUGAGACGGAAGUUAUUUUUCGAGGAACACAGUGAUAUGGAACAUGAUGAAUCUGAACAAACUGAUGAUGAGAUUAACAUAGAACAGCGACCCCUUUCUACUCACACUCACUAUGAGGCUCACACACCUAUUUUAUUUAGUCCUGAUUUGAGUCGUGACUUAGUAGCCAAAGGUAUGAAACGGACAUUUGGAACCCCGCUCCACAAAAGUCAAAUGAGUAACAAACCAUGUUAUCGUAACAAGAUACUUGAUGUUGUUGAUUUUGUUGAACCAUGCUUUAGCCCAAUUGAGUUCAGGACACCGAAGCGCAGUAACCAGGAGUCCAAGACACCUUCAUCCUUCGCAAGUGCUUCUAUAUCACCUGUCACCAAAGCUACUUCCAGUGAUGAAGAGAAAAAUAAUUUUACAUCACCUGAAUCAGAAACAAUGGCAACUUGCCUUGAUUGUAUUGUAUCUGAGCCUGAGAGUGACAAGAAAGGAACUUGUUUUUGUAAAGCAACACCAAAUAAAUCGAUUUUGAAAAGAAGUACAUCACUUAAAGAUUCGCCACAAAAAACAAGGAGUGGUUCCUUUUUGGAAAAGCGCAGUGUUAGCUUGUCAAGUUUGUCGAGAAGUCGGUCAGUUCAAAAACUCGACUUUAGUAUAGACAUGAGUAUUGAUGGAUCCAUCCAUAAUAAUUCUCAAGUGGAUUCAGAGUGUUCUCCAGUUAGUAAACAAGUCGUGUGGUCCAUCGAAGAGGAUACCGGCAUCCAUCAAUUCGUGAGGUCGGAAUCUUUCAAGGAGCGGUCACACGAAGUACAGUCUUCCACUAAAAUACUUAGUGUUAAUUUAUUAGAUGAUACUCCUAUUAAGAGUAAACGCAAGACAAAUGUUUUAUGUCAUGAGAUUAGUAAAAUUCGUGCACCGGUCGCACUUAGUCCUAUGCACAUGUCCUUAGAUAGUAGCUUAGACAAUUUUGAUAUUCCAUUAAGUAUGGAGGAUAAGAAGAUAGAUUUUAAUAAUGUUGAUCUCAAAUUUUUGACUGAAAAUGUAUCUCAAUUGGACUACAACACGAAUAGUACAAAAACUGGCGACAGUUCGACCAGUUUUAAAAGAGUUGAUAGUGGUUUUAAUGAGAAUACAUUCUACGCAAACGCUUCUAGUUACUACGAAAGUGCCAUAAAACCUUCAGAGUUGACUGUGACUAUGAACACUAGUAAGACUGCAUUAAAAGAAAUAUCGAACGUAAAUUGGAUGAGAGUCGAUAGCGGUUUUAAAGACGAGACUUCAACAGAUAGUAUGCAGUUCUAUCCAAACAGUGAAAGUUCGAGCAAGAAGUCCACAUAUCGUUUCUCAGAAGUGAAAAUGCAGGAUAAGGAGAAUGUUGAGGAAUUUGAUAGAUUUCUCAUACAGACUCCGAACAAAAAUAAUGCCAUUUCAAUGUCUGAUAUAUUUACAGAAGAUUUGGCAUUCAACUGUAACUUUUCAUCAACACCAUCUAAAAACAAAUCGCGUAAAGCUAACUCGUAGUGUCUUUCACUAUUUACUCAACUCUGAGGUUAUUUUUUAUAACGUAAUAUGAAUUUUAUAAGCAUUUAUUAGUUUGGGUAUGUAUACAAUAAGAUUAGUUUGUUUUGACUAGAAUCCAUUAUUGUGGAUUUUUUUUUAUUAAAAUUAUGUUAAAUAGUUUAAAAAUGAAUAAUUGUGACCUAGAUACAUUGCAUGAAAUAAUUAUUUUUGAGAUCGUGUGUUUACUCAGGUAAAGAGGCAUUUAAUAAAAAUAAGAGA